AUGGACUUUAAAGUUACCGACAAAUUGUUAUCUCAUUGUGUUGUGUACACAAUCAACAACACUAUCGCUGAGAGAGAUAAAAGUAAUAAUAAAAGAAGUGCAGUUGUUACUCUCAAAACACUUGAUGAAAAUUUACAACAGGCUGUACCUACAGAAUAUGAAAUUAUGAUGCACCAAUACAGUACAUUGCUCGAGUUUCUUUUAUCAAAAAACCAAAGUAAAAAGUACAAAGAGUGGAUUUAUGAAGUCGUGACAAUAAAUCAGUAUAAUCAAGAUUCACGUCGACUGAAAAACAGCUUAACGCGUUUGCAGACACACAUUCCAUUCAGCGAGCGCUUGUUUAUCAUUUACCAAAAUGAGGCUCCAGAAGUGACCGAUUGUGAUGUAAAGCUUUUAACAAACUCUAUACUUGCAUACUACAAGGAAGCUUAUUUGGAAUUAGAUGAAAUAUACAAGACGAGAAGGGAAAUCAGGAACAAGGUUAACAUCGCAAUUAAAAGAGCGUUUUUUGAGCUUGAUGUUUCGGUUGAACUCGUUAGGUCAUCACAUACCGAAUUGGACUUUGCAGAUGAUUUUGUGAACAUGGGAAUUAGGUUUCCUCCCUAUAAUGGAACAGAGGCGGAUGACUACGCUCAAUACAGAAAAAAACAUGAGCGGUUGUAUAAUAACUCUUACAUAUCUUGGUAUUUAGAAAAAGUUGGUAUGAUUGAUGUACAUCCUGAAAACCAAAAAUUUAGCAAGAGUUGCGUGUUUGUUGAUCCUUCGGGUCUAACUUGUAAAUUACUUGUUGAUGACGGCAUGUUAUUUGAAAGAGAAGAGCUUUUCAAAGAGUACUUAAAGCUGGAUGAAAGAAUCAGGCCUUUAAUACGUGCUAUUUUCUACUUCGCAACUUGUCAAAAACUUAACAAAUCUGCGCAUGAUGGAUUUCUGACCAGCUAUUCAUAUAUUGUCAUGAUCCUUUAUUUUUUGAUGAAAAAAUUAAAUUAUCCUGUUAUUCCAUGCAUUCAAGAUAACUCUAUUACUUGUAAUUUUCCUGAAUGCCUCCAUAAGAACAACGGAAAAACUAUGACAAGGGUUUUUGCUAAAAAACUCAGAUUCAUUCAGGUUCGAUAUCAUACAUGUGUCUCGAUCAAAAAGAAGGAUGAAUCCCAUGAAAUAGCAGAAGAUAAAAAGACUAUUUGGAUAAGCGAAAAUACUGAUGAUCUAGGGACUCUCCUAAUCAAAUUUUUUGACUUCUACUCAACAAGAAAGCAUUUUUCACCAGUUUCUAUUUCUAAAGCCUCUAACAUUUCGGAAAGAUCAUUUUCAAACCAACCCGCCGAAAUUCAAGAUCCUUUUAUUUCAAUACUUUACUACUUAAUCACCCAAGUUGCAGUUGCUGAUAAUAUUCUAAGGGCUGGGUGUAAAUCAUAUGCUUUAGAUAUCACGAUUGACAAAUUUAUCCAUGCCGCAAAUUUGCUGAAGUCGGGACAUAAGUUCCAGGACAUAUGUCAGAUAUAA